UCAGACUCAAGAUUCAGGACUGCGGGCCUAACAAGGAAAAGAGUGAGCUGCGCAAAAUAGAAGGUGCGACGAAGGCCCUGAAAAGACUUUUUAUAAAGGACAAAGAUUUCCUUAGAUGUGGAGGUUAGAAUUUCUAGAGAGUGUCAAGAGGAGAGGUCAAGGAGACAAAGGAUCUCUUGAGUCGACAGGAAGGAAAGAGGAGUUGAUAGAGACUGCAACGUCAGGAGAGAAGAAAGAUAUCGCUGAGAGUGACGAGGGAUGAGAAGGGAGAAUGAGCACCGAAAGGUGUUCUAUGCGAGUUAUAGGAAAGUUGGAAGGGUCAACCGCUUGUGUUAGAAUACAGUUGGAGCAACUAGAGAAGCUCACCGUGAUCGAGGAGGCGGAGAGCAGUAGAGAAGCCGUUCAAAAGGCGAGGGCAACUGGACUCUGGGUGGGGGAAGGAGAUGCGCGAUCAAUUCGUUAUUUCUUGCACCUAUUCCCCUUCGAUGGAGCGACAUUGAGCAGAGCGUGGCGCGAGACUCCCGCGAAGGCAGAGAGAUUUUUGAAGAGUGACGCUGAUGUGUCUGGAGACUUUGCUGGGGUCAUAACAGAGAGUGCUGUUUUAAGAAUUUACAAAGCAUACGACCAGUACGAGAGUGAGUUUCCUUGGGACGUUCCACGAGCUUUUGGAGGAAUCCGCAGAAAGGAUUCUGGUAGCUUUAGCGUUGAUAGACAUGGAGUGUGUAGAGUAUCCGAUGCCCUCAUGACAAGAGGAAAGUUAUCGGAAGUAGAAAGAUGCACGAUCUUUCUUAGUAAACUGCCAAGGGGGAAGCGAAAGGCGGUACUGACGGAGACGCCUCACGAUAAGUUGGACUUCACCGCGUUACUUAAGCUGGCCAUGAACGUGGAAGUCGAUGAGUAUAAGGAUUUGCUCUGGAGAGGCAUGCAGCGCGAAGAUUAUUCUUUUUACAAGGAGUAUGGGACUGAUAGGUGCCUCGAUUUCGACGACAAACCUUGGGCAGAACAACGAUAUUUGAUGGACUGGGACAAAUCCCAUCGGUCAGGGGAUAACGACGCAGUAAUAGAGGAGAUGCAAGAAAAGAUGAAGGAAAUGGCCAGGCAAAUGACAAAUUUCGAAACGAAGGUCGGAACUACGUACUGGGACAAGCCUGGAUCCCCCUACUCUCUGCGAUGGGAUCGUCGGAACACCGACCGAUGGAGGAGUGUCGAAGACCAUAACCCUCGCACAUUGGCUGAUUACCGCGCGAGGGAAAGAGAUGAAGAUGAGCGACGACGUAGAGAUGAAGAAGAUCGUAGACGUAGGGAUGAGGAGGAUCGAAGGCGCAGAGAUGAGGAUGAUCGGAGGAGUAGAGAGGAUGAUGAGCGGAGGCGCAGGGAUGAUAGUAUAGACAGAGACCGGCGGCGUGAUGGGUAUCGAGGGGGAGAUUCCUACAGUCGAGGAGACAGACCCGACCAGUAUCCGCGCAGUCCCAGAGACCAGUAUCCGCGCAGUCCCAGAUACGGUGGGAAUGCCGAAGGGUACCGGAGCCCGGACAACUUGAACUCGAGGGAUAGAGAGGACUCCGGAGGACGAUGGGAGUCGGAUAGGGACCGCCGAGAUGGAUAUCGACGCGGUUACGAGCGGACAGAGAGAGGUGGCGAUCGUAGAGAAGAGYCACGGGGACAGUAUGAGAGAGGAGGAUAUCCUGCGUCGCCAGGAUAUCCCAAGUCCCCAAACUACCCCAGAUCCCCUGGGCCAUCCAACCAGGAUGUGAGACGACCGACAAUUAAGUCCGCGGAGGAACGACCCCCUACACCUAGUAACUCCUGUAUCUAUUGCAGGGGAGACGAUCACCUCAAGAGAGACUGCCCUGACCUCAAACGGGCGAUAGAUGAGGGACUUGUCGUACUUGAUGAUCGCAAGUACGUCAAGUGGGCGGAUAACCUAGGAGAUGUAUCGAUGUUUCCUUCAAUGAAGGAGAACGUGGAAGCUAGGCGAGUAGUACUGAACAAGGGUAAGGGAGUCGCAAAAACCCAGAGUGUGAGGCUGAGUCUGCCUUCUGAAGAGGACGCCCCCAUGACACCCAUACGAGUGACGGCUACUAAGUCCUCUAGUCCUUCCUCCUCGAAGAAGGCUGACACUGACUACGUGAUGGCAAUGAAGGACGGGCAGAGGAUGGAAGGAGAAGAAGUUAUACUUUCCCCACGCAAACGUCCCACGCAAACGUGGGUCCAGAAAAUUCACGAUGAAGAGCACUCUCGAUGACAUAGACACGGUCGAACCUCUUGGAAGAAGUUAUACUUUCCCCUAUGCAGUGCACGAUCCUAGAGUAUUUGGCGGUCUCGAGACCAG